GAAAGCUAACUGCGGAAUGCAUUUUUUUCGUUUAUAUUUCCGACGGGUUCAAUAUAAGUGGCAUACGUCCAAUAUGGCCACUAAAAUCCGAUUUAUUGCAAGUGUUUGUUUGACGAUUUAUAUAAUAGCACACGUUUCUCUAUUGUGCAGAGAAAGCCUCACAAAGGAUAGCAUCGAUCCAUCAAAUCAAGACGAUAUAGGAGAUGAAAAUCCUGCUGUGACGCGAAAGAGGAUCAAGAGUAUGAUGUUGCAUGCGUGGGACAAUUAUGCCCGCCUUACUUGGGGCGCCAAUGAACUUCGUCCAAUGUCAGCACGCCCCUAUCUUGGAGGCGAUUUCGGCGUCCAUCGUCUCGGAGCAACAAUCAUAGAAAGUAUGGACACGUUGCACAUAAUGGGGUUUCACAAAGAAUUAAAUCGUUCACGUGAUUGGAUCAAACACAAGUUUACUUUGGAUCGAGUAGAUGACUCUCUGUCGAUUUAUGAAUUAACCUCCAGAUUGCUAGCACCCAUGCUAACCCUUUAUUCCCUUACUGGAGACGAUCUCUACAAGAACAAGGCAAUUUAUAUUGCAAACAAAAUACUGCCAGCCUUCGAUACUCCCACAGGAAUCCCCUGGCGCCGAGUGGUUCCCAAAGAAGGUAGUACACUAAACAAAUACCUGGACGAUUGGGCCCUACUUGGCGAGUAUGGAGCACUGCACCUGGAGUUCUUUUACCUCAGCGAAAUCACAGGUUCAUCCAUUUACAAGGACCGAGUGGAAGGGAUUCGGAGCGUUCUGUCGAAUUUGACAAAAACUAAUGGCCUGUACCCGAAUUCAGUCAAUAUAAAAACUGGCCAAUGGGGACGAUCCGACUUUUCAAUGCAUAGAUAUUACGAUUAUCUGCUAAAAUCUUGGAUUCAAUCGGCCAGAGCCGAUCCUAAAACCUUGACAAUGUUUCAAGAUGCCAUGCUGGCUGUAGUGCAAAAUAUGGUGAUAAUAACUCCAGAUGAAGUAACCUACGUGUCUGAGCUAAAAAGCGGAAACCAUACCCAUCGAAUGACUCAGAUGGCUUGCUUCUCUGGAGGUCUUUUUGUCCAAGGAGCUAUAGAAACCCUAAUGAAGCACUGGGAGAAAUACAUGCUGAUUGGUAUAGGCAUUGUAGAUUCCUGUUAUCAUAGUUUUUCGGCAACACCUACUCACUUUGGACCGGAAGUAAUGGGGUUUUCAGAAGAAGCUCAGAAGGAUAUAGUAGCUCACCAGCUGGGUUUCUACAAUCUUAGACCGGAAGUGGCAGAGAGUUAUUUGUUACUUUACCGACUAACCCGUGAUGACAAAUAUCGGACCUGGGGACUUGAGAUAGUUAGAGCUUUGGAGAAAUAUUGUCGAACACCUGGAGGUUACAAUGGCAUUAUGAAUGUCUUCGACUCCUCUUCGGAAACAGAUGAUGUCCAAAGGAGUUUCUUUUUGGGGGCCACUCUCAAGUAUUUAUAUCUGCUGUUCUCCGGCGAUCAUGUAAUUCCUUUGCAUCAAUGGGUCUUCAACAGUAGGGGACACUUUUUACCCAUAAAGGGAAUGAAUGAUUUGUAUCGCGAAUACAAUUUUAAGUCAAUGAAUAAUGAUACACCUUGAUAAGACUGUAAGUUAUUAAACUAAAGAGUAUUCAA